AUGUCAUCGAUUUAUCUCGUCCAAUUGUCAAUUUUAAUCAUUUUUACUUUACAACUGUUCCACUCGACAACAUCAACAACAGGAUUACAAUCGCGUUUACACGAUGAGCUUUUACCAUUGAAAGAAAAAAACGUAGCAGUACCAGAUGUCGAUAAUACUUUGAAACACUAUCAAAUACAAGAUUCAAGUGAACAAUCAUCAUCAAAUGAAGAAGACAAAGAGGAUGAUGGUGAUGAUGAGCAUGACAUUGAAUUUCUAUCAACGAAUGAACAAAACCAAGCGCAAUCAUCAACUCAUCAUCAUCAAAAACACUCGAAACGUGCGACGUUUCGUAAAAGAAUUCGGGAUGGUCUACAUGGUGGCGAUUCAAAUCGUUUAUGGGCAAUACCAUAUCGAUUCGGAAAACGAUCAGCUAUGCCAUAUCGUUUUGGUAAACGUGCUGCCAUGCAUUUUCGUUUGGGAAGAAAAAGUAUCGAUUGA